AAGGACUAAAUAACGGUGCUAACGCAUUAGCCGCCGCCACAUUGCUUGGAUGCUGCAGGGAGACCCUCGACCCAAGACAAAGACUCAAUCUAUUCAGAUUCAUAUAUUCAAUACGACGUUUGGCUCCAGUCAGAAAUCCCCCAUCCGGUUCUCCACUCCCCCUUCCUUCGGCCUCGACCAGGAAUGCAGGACAAUCGCUACUCGAACGGUCACUGGCGCAGCGGGUCCUUUGAUGACGAUCGCAACCAGCGUUGGUCGUCCUCCGACUUGGGCUGCCAUUCAUUCAAUCAAUCCCUUCCUUACGGCGUGCUAUGUUAUUAAUUCCUCCCCUGUCCCUUUGAACGGAGGAACCACCGCCCUUUUUGCCCGUCCAGCUUCAGCUCCAGAACCAGUCCUCCCUGCCCGCCAUGCUCAACGCCCCCGAACUCUCCACGCCGAACCGCGGGACUGAACUGUCAACCGCACCGCUCCCAUACUGGCUGGUCAACGUCCCCCCCGCCGACCGGCCCACCCACUGCCCCAACUUUCUCCGCGACAUCUGUCAGAAAAACAUCGAGAUCCUGUCGACGCCUGACGAGCAAUACUGCCGACAGCCAUGGGAGCUGGUCAAGGAGAUCGUGCGAACCAAUCGCAUCGAUCGAUUCCAGCGCGUGCCGAGUGACUUGAGAAAGUACCUGGAAUACAAGGAGCGCAUUGUGGCCUCGUACGGGUCCAUCCUGCGGUUCAUCAUCAAGGAGCGACUGCGCUGGGGCGAGGGAACGGCCGAGGAUCUGAAGCCGAAGGGGCGGCCGUUCGAGCUGGAUGAGGACAUCAAGAUCUUAUAUAACGACUGGCCGUACGGCAUCGAAGAGGGCGUCGUGCACCUGGUGGUGUGGACCAAGUUCGAGCUGGAGGACGACCCGGCCACCGACGACUUGACGCCGCGCGCGCGACGAGAAAUCGACGACUACGUGACCCGGAUGUUUCGGUCGAGGGUGCCGUCCGAUCAGGUGAUUUGGUUCAAGAACUGGAAGUCGUUAAAGUCGGUGAUGGCGGUCGAGCACUUCCACGUCAUGCUGUACAAGCCCGAUCCGGGAUUUCUGCGGGAGAUCACGCAGGGCGACGAGCCGUUGAUUGCGAGGCUGGGUCGGAGUAAUCUGUGAUGUUUCUGGGGUCAAUUAGAGUAGUUAGUUAGACAGCGAGAGCAAGGGGUAUGGCGUUAUCUGUAUUGAGAUUCCCUUUCGGUCUGCGUUCUUCCAUUCCCAGCCCAGUCG